AAAAGAAAAAUGAUAACACUUCUCCACUAACUCACGAAAAACCUCACUGGAACCAAACCCUCACAGAACAAUCCCCUUCUCCGAUUUCUCUCUCUUGUCGUUCCUCCUCCGCAAGGCGCCACGCCUCAGCCUCCUGAAACUUCAUCUACCACGAUCAUCGGCGUCAACUGCCAGAGCUCGCGAACUGGGCCUUCGACUACUAUCUAAUGGGGUCGGAGCAGAAUCGAUUUCCUCAUCACGAAAGAAAUUUCAGUGGCCUUCAAGAUGAAUGCUGGAUAGAUUCUGUUGAUCUCAUGCUCUCUUCUGCUUGUUGAUAAAAGAAUGGAGUAUUAAUUGAAACAAAGACAAUAUGCAUCUAUGGGCACAAAAGCAUUAUCCUGAAAUGUGAAAAGGAAACAGCUAAGUAUCAAGCCAAAAUGAAAAUGGCUAUAAAAACCUAAAAGCUCUCCAAUCCCUCUGUUUAUAUUGUAUGUAAGAGAAGUCAAAAGCAAAAAUCCUAUACCAUAUCGAAAUUAAAGGUAGAGAGACCUUUGAAAAUAUGGCAUUCAUUUCUGAGUAAAUGCACUGAAGAACUGUAUAAACUUGCACUGCCACAUAAUUGACCAUAGCCUCCUUUUUCCUGCUAAAACCUUUUAAACUGUAUUAUGAAAAAAUUACUCAUGAGUUGCUGCCUCAAUUCUGGCACUUAAUGCUUGCUCAUUAAGAGAAAGCACUGUGUGAAGUCAAAAUCUUGGAAGUGGAGCUUGUCAUAGAAAGCACUAUAAUUUCUGAUUGAAGUAAUUAACCUCGUGACGAUUUAGAUUUAUGAUCAGGUCUGUGAAGGCAAAACUACAGGAUUGUAGGAUAGUAUGAUAAAUAUUGAAGGAGAAAUACAUUAAAAAAACAUAAAAAAUAUAAAGGCCAAACUAUUGUCUAUUAAUUAAUAACAGUGAGAUUACUAGAAUCAAGGUGCCAAAAGGAAGCUGGUCGCUUAACUUUGUGAUGUAUAGGAUGUUAAUGUAGAAAUCCCUUAACAGUUUUCAUAAAAUUUAGUUCAUAGAUAUAAACUUUGAUCCUGAAAGAUAUGUUGUGAUUGCUGACUGUAAGCUUUUGUUUGGCAUGCGUAAAAGUUAAGUGAUAAUAUGAAGUAUGUGUUGAUGUUUAUGUGGAACAGUGAAAAGAUAUAAAGAUGUUUAAGAGGUUCAAUUCUUGUUAAAUAUUUAAAAUUUCAAAAAGAACUUUAAAUAGUUACUGUUUCAUUUCAGAUGUACUUGUUAUUGAUCUCCUUUAAACUUUGUGUAAGUCUAUAUUGCUUCCCUUGCAUUAACAGCGAAAGAGAUGGGGAGGAUGCUGGGGUGCAUUUUCUUGUUUUGGUUCACAGAAAGGUGGGAAGCGCAUUGUACCUGCAUCUCGCAUUCCUGAGAGUAGCGGGCCAGCCUCUCAGCCAAAUGGACCUCAAGUGGUUGGGUUGACCAAUCAAGCCACAGGACUAGCUCCUUCUCUCUUAGCCCCACCUUCUUCACCAGCAUCCUUCACUCAUUCUGCCCUUCCUUCCACUGCACAAUCACCUAGUUGUUUCUUAUCCUUAUCUGCUAACUCACCUGGUGGUCCUUCAUCUACAAUGUAUGUCACAGGACCAUACGCUCAUGAAACACAGCCGGUGUCUCCUCCAGUCUUCUCAAACUUCACUACUGAGCCAUCAACUGCCCCUCUCACUCCUCCACCUGAGUUGGCUCAUUUAACAACUCCCUCUUCCCCAGAUGUACCUUUUGCUCACUUUCUCUCAUCUUCUGUGGAUCUCAAAAACAGUGAUAAGGGUAACUACAUCAGUGCAAAUGAUCUUCAAGCCACAUAUUCACUCUACCCUGGAAGUCCUGCCAGCAGCCUCAUAUCUCCAAUAUCAAGAAACUCGGGUGACUGUUUAUCAUCCUCUUUUCCUGAACGAGAGUUCCGUCCACAGUGGGAUUCAUCAUUGUCUCCUGAGAAUGGAAAAUAUCAGAGAACAGGGUCGGGGAGGGUAUCUGGGCAUGACACAAAUGGUGUCACUAGUGCAUCCCAAGAUACAAAUUUCUUUUGCCCUGCUACCUAUGCACAAUUCUACUUGGACCAAAAUCCUCCAUUUCCUCAUAAUGGUGGGAGAUUAAGUGUUUCAAAAGAUUCAGAUGUUCAAUCUAAUGGUGGAAAUGGACAUCAGAGUAGGCAUGCUAGAAGUCCUAAGCAGGAUGUGGAAGAAAUAGAAGCUUACCGGGCAUCGUUUGGUUUCAGUGCAGACGAGAUUAUAACUACCUCUCAAUAUGUGGAAAUUUCUGAUGUAAUGGAGGAUUCAUUUACUAUGAUGCCCUUUGCCUCUGGCAAGUCUACAAUGGAAGAAAACAUAGAGCCUUCUUUAAUGAAAGGGUUCAAAGCUCAGGAGACUCAGGUAGCAUUGCAGAGUCUUAAAAGUCUUGGCUCAGAUCCAGGUCCAGUAGGCAAGGAGGGACACAAUCAGGCCGCUAUAUAUCAAGGAUAUGAAGAUCUUAAAUCACAAAGGCAUGGUAGCAACAGCUCUGGGUUCAGCCCACCAGAGAACCCUACUUUUGUGGAUGAUGAGGAUAUAUUCUCAAAAAUGGAAUCUUCAAGAAUUAGCAGGAAAUAUAAGAUGGGGUUAUCGUGCUCCGAUGCUGAGAUUGACUACAGCAGAGGAAGAAGCUUACGAGAAGGAAAGCGAAUGUGAUUUGGCAUGACUAAGAAUUAAUCAGUUGAGAACAGAUUAUCUGUUAUCUGUGUAUUAAUUUGUAGCUUUGUUUUAAAAAAAGAAAAAGAAAUUCUUUACUUGGGGUUGUCUAAUAGAUGGGAUGACCUAACUUAGAUCUAACCGAUUCUGUCCAUCGUGUUUGACCAGAUCUUACUGAUCAAUGAAUGUAGUCUCUUUCUUCAAGCGAGUUCAGAUUAAUGUUUCAAGUGAAUGAA